AUGUUUGAUGCGUUUUGCAGAGACUGCAACCAAGCGACGGAUGUGGUGUUUGACCACUCCGCCGGCAAUGCAGUCUGUUCAGAGUGUGGUCUUGUCUUGGGAUCUCACUCCAUCGAUGAAACCUCCGAGUGGCAAACCUUCUCUAACGACUACGGCAAUAAUGGUAGUCCCAGUAACCCUCUCAUCGUCGAUGAUGGUCUCUCCAACGUCAUUGCUAAGUCGAACGGAGCAUCCAGUGAUGUUCCCUCAUCGUCUCUUGGUCGUUGGCAGAAUAGUAGUUCUAAUCCCGAUCUAGGAUUGAUCGUUUCGUUCCAAACUAUUGAUAUUAUGGCUGAGAAGUUGGGACUGGUUCCCACCAUUAAGGACCGAGCUAAUGAGAUAUAUAAGCGGGUUGAAGAUCAGAAGUCUAGUAAGGGAAGAAAUCAGGAAGCAUUAUUGGCUGCUUGCGUCUACAUUGCUUGUCGACAAGAAGACAAGCCACGCACUAUAAAGGAAAUUUGUUUGAUUGCCAAUGGAGCCACCAAGAAGGAAAUUGUCCGCGCAAAAGAAUACAUAGUGAAACAACUGGGUUUAGAGAAUGGUGGUCAAUCUAUUGAAAUGGGAAUAAUUCAUAUUGGGGACUUUAUGGGACGAUUUUGUUCUAAUCUUGGUAUGAAUCAUCAAGCUGUUAAAGCUGCUACGGAAUCUGUUCAGAAUUCAGAAGAAUUUGAUAUAAGGAGAAGUCCCAUAUCAAUUGCUGCAACAGUUAUAUACAUCAUAACUCAUCUUUCGGAUGAUAAAAAAUCCCUGAGAGAUAUAUCAGUUGCUACAGGAGUUUCGGAAGGAACCAUUAGGAACACAUACAAGGAUAUCUUUCCCCAUGUUUCAAAGAUAAUACCAACCUGGUAUGCUAAGGAAGAGGAUCUCAAGAACCUGCAACCCUUGAAACUAAACAGCAAAAGAGUUGAUGAAAUGGUUGAGGUCGGGAUGGUUGAUGAGAUUCGAGAAUAUUUUGUAUCUGGGGCAGACAACUCAAAGGGAAUUAGAAGGGUAAUUGGGGUUCCUGAAAUUGAUUAUUUUUUUGAGAUAGUAAAGAAAAACACCAUUGAUGAUGCUAAAAAAGAAAAGAUAUUGAACAAAGCUAUCAGAAAAACCAAACACAGCACUUGCAUAUUGGCUAAAAAUCAACUCUUGAAGGAAUAUGGCUCUUAUGCUUGGAUCGAUAGUGUACAAAAUUGA